GCAAGUUGGGCUUAUUACAAAAAAUAAUCUGUUAAGUAGAAACAAGUUGACCGGAAAAGAAGACCGGCGAAGAAGAUACAUAACUGAGUUUGGUGUGAGUGAGAACGAACGAGUAGAUUCUGAUUUAACACUUUGCAGAAACAGUGCAAGAUCUCCACAUGGCUCCAAAAGCGAUCGCGAGUCCUAUCCCUGAUUCACUCUACCCUACUCUCUCCGUCUUCACACUCGCAAUCGGUCUCAUCUUAACCGCUUCUUUCUUCAUUUAUGAAGCAACCUCUUCUAGGAAAACCCGUAAUCUUACUCAGGAGCUAGCUACAGGAGCAGUUGCAUCCGUCUUCUUGGGUUUUGGAUCGUUGUUCCUUCUACUUGCCAGUGGUGUGUAUGUCUAAUCAUUGAACAUCAAACUGUAUGAAAUUUUUGCUAAGCAGAUAGCUUAAAAUGAAAAUUACAUGAGACAUUUUAGUCAAACAUUAUGUUCUUAAACUGUCGGUGACUUUGCUGGUUAUGUUUAAUGCUCAAAAAGAUUAUGAAUUGCUAGUUUUUA